CUGAGAGCAAGGGAGUGCCUCAAGCAGAACAGGGUCUGGGGUUGGGGCGGGGUCUGUUGAUUCAGCAGCAGCCCUCCUAAGCCCCCAAUCCCCAGCAAUAAAGAAUGGCUCAGCAGGAGCUCUAUGAUAACUGGCUGUGCCCUCCACCGUUGCCAGGGAAGAGACCGGUGAGACAAACAGGGAUCUACUUAUUAGCAGGGGGACCAGCACAUGGAAGUCACUUCAGAUCAGACUCACCUGAUAGUUUUUCCAACGAGGAGGAUUAUGACGAUGUGUCCCUGUUCGAGAUGGGAGAUCAGAUGCAAAAGAGGCUACCAGCUUAUGAAGAUAAUAUAGAUAUAUCAAGCCAGAGAAGCAAGAAAGGCACAGGGUUUUACGUGCUAGCUGGGAAGCCAGCAUCUUCAAGUCUCCCAAGGACAGCUAACCCCAUUCCUGACUCCAAUCAAGGAAUAGGCUACAGACCAAAGUCCAUUGUGAUACUGUAUGUCCUGAUGGGGAUUUGUUUUGCAAUGUGGGCAGUUCUCCUCUCACUGGCAGUGGUGAAAUACUUGGAGAUGUCAGAGGAGUUAAAAGUUUUAAACUGUAACCACUCGGAGAGGCUAAUGAACGUGGAGCAGGACCUGGCUGAUGCACGAAUAGAGCGAAAGAGAAUCAUGAGCGACAUGAACAAGAACUAUAAAGAAUUGUCGGAUUUCACAGCAUCCAUCUGCAAUGCUCUCCCAGAGCCUAUAAAAUGUGCAGCCGGCUGGAAGAAGUUUGAGAAAUCAUGCUAUUUCUUUUCAAAUAUGACUAACGACUGGAUGGAUGCAAAGCAGUUCUGUACUGAUCAAAACUCUUACCUGGUUAUCGUUAACAAUGACUACGAACAGGCUUUUUUAAAAGACUAUAAUAAACUGAAAAGGACAUACUGGCUGGGACUGAGCGAUGCAGUGGAGGAAAGGAAGUGGCAGUGGGUAGACAAUAGCCCGUAUUCUGUCAGCUUUUGGAACUUGGGGGAACCAGACAUGCAGGGUGAGGAGGAAGACUGUGUCAGCAUGAGGUCUACCGGGACAUGGAGCGAUUCCAAGUGCUCCCAGCACAAUUACUGGAUUUGUGAAAAGACAUGGAUCUGCUGACCCACUUUUCAAACAUGCUCUUGUUAUGGGAUUGAGCACAAGUCCUACUGCUCCUCCUGCACCUGCUCAGUGGCUGACAAGAACUCACUCCAGCUCCCCAAUAGCUGAACUGAAGAGGAUGUUUCUCCUGAUUGUUAAUAGUGCUCUCCUGCAUGCUAGUUAGGGCUGUAGGUUCAGGGGUCCAAGUGAUCCCAAAAAAGUGGCAGUAUUAUACCUCAGUCCUGCUCACUUCCUCAAGCUUUACCUACAAAAUGCAGAGCAGCUACACACUUCAGCUAAAAUUAUCAAUAGUUGAAAUGUAACUGUGCUGACAUGUAAAUGGCCACCAUUGGGCUUCAGAAUCAACACCCACUUAAAACAAAUGAGGAAAGUUCAUUCCUCUCAGAGCCAUGAGGCCCAAUUCUUUACUUGCAUCUGUUUUAAACCAGCGUAACAACUGAUCUCAAUGUCGUUACCUCUGCAUCAGUAGUGUCUACUUAACUCUCGGAAAUUAUGGCUUAUGUAGACUAAUUCUUAUACUUUAAAUCCACUCCUCAAAAAUAUGACAGUGUUGACAAGACCCCUGAAGGGGGUGCAGCCACUUCACUCAUACCAUAUAUUUAGGCUUGGCAGAAUUAGAUUGUUUUUAUAUAUACAAUUUUGACAGAUAAAUAGUAUCAAUGUUUAUUUAAGUAUUUAAAAAUUAUCAAUGUAAAUGUUCACAGUUGUAGAAAAUUAUGGGCAGGUCAGACAAUAUUUUAUGACAGUAGAUGUAGACAUUCAAAGAGUUAACACAUUAUCACCAUUAAAACCACAAAUUGUCAAUGUCAUAUAUCAGAAUAUACAAAGUAGAUAUCUUUAAAUCAAACUAAUAUAUGCUCGAGCAGUAUUUUCUUACUUUAUCCAUCUAUAAAUUCUGAUCAUUAGCAAUGAAAAAUUGUUUGUAGGUUUGUGUACUGUGAAAUUGACAUUUACCAGCAUUGAGUGAUAAACAUCAAAUCCUUCCAAGCUUACAUAUAUUCCUUCUUCACUUUCUAUCACUCCAUGCAAUUGCAUCUCUCCCUGCCUUAAGCCAUGUCCUUUCAUUCAUUUGUGGAAUAAUAAUUAUGUGAUUCUGUAGCUAGGGUCAAGUUGAGUUUUGCCCUUUAAAACAGGGAUUCUGCUUUAUUGUUACGUAGAAAGAACAUAGCAUAUUUUCCUCAAACGUGCAGCAAUUGUAACUGAGCACAGAAUGGAUUGUCUGAGGUUAAAUCUGUUGCCUAGUUUGGAUUAUAAUAAUUUAAACUUGUGUCCUUUUAAGAGGUGCAUUGCACAUUGCCAGACUUUUUUUUGUACAGAAUGACAAAAUCAUCUGUUGCGACAAACUCUCUGUUUAAAGAUUGACCUAAGUGCUCUAAAAUUGACGUUUGUUGGAUUUCUUUAAAUUUGGUGUGCCUCAGGAGGAUGCAGGGUAGCAUUAGUGAUGCAAAUUUGGAGUCAUUCGAGCCAGGGAUUCCAGAGAUAUAAGCCUGGAAAAAAUAGCUAUUUUUUUUAAAAAGGUUUCUAGGUGGGGGUUUUUUGCAGAGAGCUAGAGAUCAAAUUAUUGAUGGGAUGCAGGUAAAAAUGGUCUCAAUCUGUUGAGUUUUACCCAAGGUAGUGUGUUGUACUCACUAAAUCUUUGGGGGAUCCAAACUGAGAACAGUAUUUAAGAAAAAUGUACAUUUUUACACUGUAUGUGCACCAAUACAAAAAAACAACUAGAAAGCUUCCAUGCCAGUUUUUUAUGCUUUAAUCCUCGACUCUUGUAAGAGCUCUAAAUCAGCAUAGUUAACUGGAUUGCUUUGAAAUCUGGUGUGCCUCAUGGUGGCAUAGGGUAGAGUUAGGGAUCCAAAUUUGGGGUCAUUUGGCCAAGGAGUUCCCGAGUUACAGGUCCCCUCCAAAAAAACGGUUUCCUUCUUUAGCCUUCCGCUGUUAAUCUGAGAGGUAUUAAUGACUGGAUGAAUCUCAGGUUUGGUCUACACUACAGAGGUAGGUCAAUGUAAGGCAGCUUAUGUUGAUCUAACGCUGUAAACGUCUACACUACAAUGUUGCUCCUGCCGAUUUAAGUCACUCACUACACCGAUUUAAUAACUCCGUCUCCACAACAGGCAUAGCACUUGGGUUGAUAUAGACACUGUAUAGACAUAGUAUAGACACUGCAUUGCUUACAUCAGACUGUUCUGGCUGAGCCCAGGGCUCAUGGCUGGCAGUGCCCCACAAUGCCCCACACAGACAGUUAAAUAAAUGCAAGUGCUCCUGGUGAGAACAUUCACUGCCAACAGAAGGAAUUAGUGUGGACAUGCAAAACCAAUUUAAUGACUGUGGUGGCUGUAGGUGUAACUUAAGUGGACUUAACUUUGUAGUGUAGACUUGCCCUCAGAGCCCUUGAUGGCUGUGAACUCAGCCUGCAAUUACCAUAUCUAAGGAUAACCCCCAGACUAAGACAAAAGGAGUUUGGAACAGAGUGGUUGGAGGUGUUACAAUUUGUGACUCAUAGGUGCCAGAUUUAUUUUGGUGGAAAUGUAAUCAAACAACUUGGAGGGGAAAAAAUCA